AUGUGGUUAGUGAAGCACUCCGUGUACAAAGUUUUCUGUGGGGGCGAAAGCCUAGAAGAAGUCCUGGGAACCAUGGACAAGCUCGAGAGUAGAGGUGUAAAGACCGUUCUAGAUUACGCUGUCGAAGCAUCAUCCGAAGACGUCACCUGCAUAACUGAUGACGUGUUUGACCAUAACCUGCACCUGACUUGGAAAGCGGUGGAAACCGUUUCAAAGAAACGCGACGGUCUUGUAGCUGUUAAAGUCAGCGCCCUAGGCCCAGUCUCUACAUUCGAGCGGGCAGGAGUUGUCAUUGCUGCUGUGGAGAGACUAUUCGCAGAACUAUGCGAACAAAACUCCAAUAUGCAUAAGUUCUACAACGUGAGCGGCGGCAAUAAGGAGCCCGGUCGUGGUGAAGACGACUUCAAAGUAUCUUUUUUUCAAUGGACCCAUUUUCUGCAGCCGCAAAAAGUCGGGAGAGACGAAUUGGCUGUCUUCAAGGAGGUGAUACCGCCUCUUUCAGACUACGAUGCCGACCAUGUGGUGGCAACUCAGGACAGGUUAUUUAGACUUUGCAAGAUGACCGCGCAGCUCGAAACCAAGCCGUCCCUGCUAGUCGACGCCGAACAAUCCCAGGUUCAAGGAUUUAUUUCCACUGUCACUUCCAAUGCCCAAAAAAGGUUCAACAAAAACGGCCAGAGUCUUAUUUAUAAUACUUACCAAGCGUAUCUCAAGGAAACCAAAAGCCAGGUGCGAUGCGAUAUCGAGAUGGCCCGCCGGUUUGGAGUCUCAUUUGCGCUGAAACUCGUCCGCGGAGCAUACAUGUCCUUCGAGCGCGACAUAGCCGAGGCCAACGGGUAUCCGUGCCCUGUCCACGAUUGCAUCGAGGACACGCAUGACUCUUUUGAUUCUUGUGUGCGUCUUCUCCUCGAGAACAGAAACCGUGUGGCUAUCUUCAUCGGCACUCACAACGCGGAGUCCAUUCGGAAAGCGGGAGAGUUGUUGUACGGCAUGCGUCAAAAUCCAGACGAAUCUCUUACGAAGGAUGAAAGGACGUCUGAUGUAUCUGUCACCAAUGUCUCGGGAGUUGGCGACAGAACACACCUCUUGGCCCCGACUAGUCUGCCCGUAUCGUUUGGGCAGCUUCUUGGAAUGGGAGAUAAUCUUACCUUCACAUUAAGUGACUCAGGAUUUAGAGUUUAUAAAUACGUCCCUUACGGACCUGUUGAGGUCACCAUUCCCUACCUCCUCCGCCGUGUUCAAGAAAACUGUGGAGUCAUCGGGCGGGCUGGCUGGGAGCUGCAGAUUAUUGUUCAAGAGAUUAAACGUCGUGCCUACUCUUGGCUAGGGUGCCAUAAGCAACAAUGA